UAAGAAGUCGUCACAUGAUAGAAUGGUCUUAUAUAUAUAAACAAUUCUUUUAUCCGCGGUAUAGAUGUUUAUUUUAAGCACUACGGAACUUUGUUAAAAAACAAAUCGUCAAUUAUAGAAGAAUGGUUGUGGAAACUGCUGAUGAAACUUCCAAGAUCUUAGUUUUUUUUGUCAACGGAAAAAAGAUUGUAGAUGAUAACGUUGAUCCAGAAUUAACCCUAUUGCAGUAUUUAAGAAACAAAUUAAGAUUAUGCGGCACGAAAUUAGGAUGCGGAGAGGGUGGCUGUGGUGCUUGCACUGUUAUGGUUUCCAGAUACGAUAGAACCAAAAAUAAAGUAAUACACAUACCGGUUAAUGCAUGUUUAGCUCCAAUAUGCUCAAUGCACGGACUAGCUGUAACAACAGUGGAAGGAAUCGGCUCCACCAAAACCAAACUCCAUCCAGUCCAAGAGCGACUAGCCAAAGCUCACGGCUCCCAAUGCGGCUUCUGUACCCCCGGCAUCGUCAUGUCGAUGUACACCCUGCUGCGCAACUCCCCCACACCCUCCAUGAAAGAUAUGGAAACAGCUUUCCAAGGCAACCUGUGCAGAUGCACCGGCUAUAGACCCAUUAUAGACGGGUUAAAAACGUUCACCGAAGAUUGGGAAGUCGUACAUAAAUUCUCCAACGGUAACGGGGUUUGCGGAUUGGGCGAUAAAUGCUGCAAGCUUCAGAACGGCUCGGCGCCAGUGCACGAAUUUGAUAGUUUGUUCGAAUCGAGCGAAUUUACUCCGCUCGAUCCCACCCAAGAACCGAUAUUCCCGCCUGAAUUGAAAUUAACUGAUAAGUACGACAGGCAGUACCUUACGUUCAAGAGCGCCGAUGUUACCUGGUACAGACCAAUAACUUUACAACAACUAUUGGAUUUAAAACAUAAAUACCCCGAAGCGAAAAUUGUGGUCGGCAACACGGAAAUCGGCGUAGAAACUAAAUUCAAGCAUGUGACUUAUCCGGUGAUAAUUCAGCCUGUACUUAUACCGGAAUUGACCAGAAUCCAGUCAACGGAGCGUGGAAUUCGAAUCGGAGCAUCCGCCACUCUUGCUGAUAUCGAGGCGUACAUUCAAAGAGAAAUUCGCGAUAAACCUAAAUACCAAACCAGAAUUUUCAAAGCUAUGAUAAGCAUGCUUCACUCGUUUGCUGGUAAGCAAAUCCGCAGCGUCGGAGCUUUAGGCAGUAAUAUAAUGACUGGAAGUCCAAUUUCUGACAUGAUUCCUGUACUCAUGGCUGCCAAGUCUACUUUGGAAUUAGCAAGCAAAAAUUCCACAAGGAUUGUUACUCUAGAUUCCAAUUUCUUUACGGGUUACCGUAAAAGUAUAGUUGAACCCAACGAAAUACUUUUAAGCAUACACGUCCCUUACACCCAGCAUUUCCAAUACUUUGAAGCUUACAAACAGGCUAGGAGAAGAGAAGACGAUAUUGCUAUAGUCAACGAAGCGAUUAAUGUGGUGUUUACCCCAAGAACAAACGUAAUAGAAUCCAUAAGUUUCGGAAUAGGAGGUAUGUCGUUCAAAACAUUAACAGCACCUAAAACCGAAGCUAGGUUAAUAGGUAAACCGUGGGACAAAAGUACUUUGGACCUUGCAUUAGACUCGUUAGCGGAGGAUUUACCAUUAUCCCCAGAUGCACCAGGUGGAAUGGUAUCGUAUCGAAAAACCCUAACAUUAAGCUUAUUUUUCAAAGCGUUUAUCGCAAUUUCCACCGAAUUGAAACAGUACUUACCCGCAAUCGAAGUCGAUCAAGUUGAGUUCAACAGGAACCAAUACACCGCUCAGAAACACCACAAUACUCAGAACUUUAAAUCGAUUGUACCACCAAUAGUACACAGAUCAGCCUACAAACAAGCCACAGGCGAGGCUAUUUACUGCGAUGAUAUACCCAGAUUCGAAGGGGAGUUGCAAGGUGCGUUUGUAUUGAGCACCAAAGCUCACGCUCAAAUUCUCAACAUCGACGCAUCGGAAGCUCUGACCAUGGAAGGAGUCAGGGGGUUCGUAUGCGGCGAAGAUGUUCCGGGGAAAAAGAAGUGGGGUAUGGCGAUUCAAGAUGAAGAGGUUUUCUACUGGGACAAGGUGACUUCUGUAGGACAAAUAAUCGGGUUGAUAGUCGCUGAUACCCAAACUAUCGCUCAGAGGGCUGCUAGGAAAGUUAAAGUGGAGUACAAAGACUUGGAGCCCAUUAUAGUGAGCAUCGAGGACGCAAUUAAAUUCAAUUCAUUCCAUGAGAUAGACCGGAGUAUUGAAAAAGGGUCCGUUGAAGGGAUAUUCGAGAAGAGCAAGCACGUGUUAGAAGGGGAGGUACGAUGUGGUGGACAGGAGCACUUUUACUUGGAGACUCACGGAUGCAUCGUCGUACCCAAAGGAGAAGAUGACGAAAUGGAUGUGUACUCCUCUACUCAAAAUCCUACUGAAAUUUCGAAAAUAAUCGGUCAAGUCCUGAACAUCCCCCAAAGCAAAGUGAUAACGAAGGUGAAGAGAAUCGGAGGCGGUUUCGGAGGAAAGGAAUCCAGAGGGUCGAUGGUUGCGUUGCCUGUGGCCGUGGCGGCGAAGAAAUUCAAUCGACCAAUCAGGUGCAUACUGGAUAGAGACGAAGACAUGGUAAUGUCAGGAUCCAGACAUCCGUUUUAUUUCAAGUACAAAGUGGCAUUCGACGAUGAUGGAAAGCUGCUGGCCUGUGAUGCUGAUUUAUAUUCAAACUGCGGUUACUCAUACGAUUUGUCUGUUGGUGUAAUGGAGAGAGCUUUAACGCACAUCGAUAACGCUUACUACAUUCCUGCAGUAAAUUUGAGGUGUCACCUGUGCAAAACGAAUUUAGCAUCUAACACCGCCUUCAGAGGAUUCGGGGCGCCACAGGGAAUGUUUUUGGCCGAAACCAUGGUCCAGCAAAUCGCUGAUUACCUCAAAAAAGAACCAGAAACCAUUAGUGAGCUUAAUCUCUAUAAAGACGGUCUCGCAACGUACUACAAUCAGUUAAUCGAGGAUUGCACGUUAGAUAAAUGUUGGACAGAAUGCAUGGAUUCUUCGGAUUUCCACAACAGGAAGAAAGCUGUUAUAGAAUUUAACAGGAAAAAUAAGUACAAAAAACGCGGUAUAAAUAUAAUCCCCACCAAAUUUGGUAUAGCAUUCGCGGUACCGUUUCUGAACCAAGGCGGAGCUUUGGUACACAUUUACACCGACGGGAGCGUUCUGCUAAAUCACGGCGGAAUCGAAAUGGGCCAGGGUUUGCACACGAAGAUGAUCCAGGUGGCCAGCAGGACCCUAGAAAUUCCCAUCGAUAAAAUUCACAUUAUCGAAACCGCCACUGACAAAGUACCUAACACCUCACCUACUGCAGCCAGCUCGGGAUCCGAUCUGAACGGAAUGGCGGUCAUGAACGCUUGUCUUACAUUAAAAGAACGCUUGAAGCCUUUCAAAGAAAACAACCCAAAGGGUAAAUGGGAAGAUUGGGUACUAGCAGCGUACCGCAGCAAAAUCAGUCUAUCCACCACCGGGUACUACUUCAUGGCGGGAUUAAACCAUAAUUGGAAAACUGGCGAAGGCGACCUCUUCCAAUACUUCACCUACGGCGUGGGUUGCACCGAAGUGGAAAUCGAUACCCUCACCGGCGAUCACGAGAUCCUGCGGACCGACAUCGUCAUGGAUUUAGGCCAGAGCUUGAACCCUGCUAUCGAUAUCGGGCAGAUAGAGGGCGCAUUUAUGCAGGGAUACGGGUUGUUCGUGAUGGAGGAGAUGGUGUACUCGCCCAAAGGGGAUACGAUAACCCGCGGACCGGGAACCUACAAACUACCCGGACUCGGGGACAUACCCAGAGAGUUCAAUGUAUCCCUGUUGAAAGGUGUUUCGAAUCCUAGGGCCGUCUAUUCUUCAAAGGCGGUUGGGGAACCACCCUUAUUUCUGGGUUGUUCGGCACUAUUUGCCAUUAAGCAUGCAAUCAAAGCAGCUAGAGAGGAAAACAAGGUACAAGGUUAUUUCAGAUUGGAUUCUCCAGUUACCUCUGCAAAAAUUAGAAUGGCUUGCGUCGAUAGCAUAACUUCAAGGUUCAAGGAACCAGAACCGGGCAGUUAUAAACCAUGGAAUGUCGUAGCCUAAGUUCAUUAGCAUGUAAAAUAAUAUUACUUGUAUAUAUUUUAUUCUAUGUAAAGCAUUAUUGUACAUAAAUUUAUAUAUUUAUAUUGCAUACUGUUG